UGCGAGAUUUGACCUGUACAUACUUGCAUGCGGACAUUCCACUAGCACUUUUGCACCGUCGAAUAAACCCUCCAGUUUCACCACAGACGCGGAGAAAAAACUAAGAAGAUAUGGCGAAAGUGAUACCUUCGUUGGAUACCCGGGAACAGUGUGUUAGGUUUGCCAAACUGGCUGAACAAGUCGAGCUAUAUGAAGACAUGGUAAAUGCUAUGAAAAAGGCUGUUGGGUUCAAAUCUGACGAACCGCUUUCUACUGAAGAGAGAAAUCUCCUUUCCGUAGCCUAUAAAAAUGUUGUUGGUGCCAGACGGUCGGCAUGGAGGAUCAUAUCAAGCAUUGAAUCCAAAUCAGCAGAGGCUAAUAAAGAACAAUGUCACGCCUAUAAAGAAAAGAUUGAGAAAGAAUUAAUGGAAACCUGCCAUGAAGUGAUCAAACUUGUUGAAGACCAUGUGCUACCUCCCUUGAAAAAAAUUGAUGGUAACCCAGACAUAAGUGCUGAAGAAAAGGGAAGAAAUACUGAAGCACUGGUUUUCUUCGCAAAAAUGCUUGGUGACUACUUCCGUUAUACCGUUGAGUGUAAAGAAGGUGAUGAGAGGGAACAGAACACAAAAAAUGCCGGCAAACAUUACGAGGAUGCAUAUGAAAAAGCUAAAGCUGACAUCAAACCAACGAAUCCCAUUAGGCUUGGUUUGGCACUGAACUACUCAGUGUUCUAUUAUGAGAUCCUUAGCGAUCCUGGAAAGGCAUGUCUCCUCGCCAAGUCUGCUUUCGAUGAUGCAAUUGCACAGCUCGACUCCCUCCCCGAAGAUUCCUACAAGGACUCCACCUUGAUCAUGCAGCUAUUGAGAGACAACCUGACAUUAUGGACCAGUGAGAAUGAUGCUGGCCAGGAAGAUGAUGAUUGAGCGGCACCUCCACCAUAAAAUCUAUUGUACUCUAUAUAACCAAGUUCAUCAACACAUGUGAAGUAGACAGAUGUUUGUUUUCUGGAUAAGGAAGACUGUGAUGAGUGAAUUAUCCGUGGCCCCUGCACUAUUUGAAUUCUAUUGCUAAUUGUGUACUUAAAAAACAUAUGCGGGACCGAACACCUUACUCAUGUGGGUCAAUCUCUAGUUAGGAUUGCUGUGAUCGUAUUUUUGAAAAAAUUGAAUGUAAACAAAGUAUGUUGAAUGUUGCUUGUUGGUACAUUGUUGCUCCAACAGUAAAGAUCUUUUUAGAAUACAGUAGUUGGAAAAUCUGUGGUACGUACUUGAAUAGCAUGUGUCAGUAGUGUUUUCGCCCCUAUAGCAUUUGUGCGCAAGCGUCUUUGUUUACAUUCCAUAGCUCGAACAUCGGUGCAAUGCUUGUAUUGAAGUACUGUUCAUGUGCUUUUGUAACUACAAAUUGACUCCGCAUACUUGCACAAUAUAUUCUCUUGUAUCAAAAUAAAGUAAAUAUUAAAUAAGGAAUUGUAUUUUCCAAGCCAGCUUUCCUCGAAUUUCGAGGUUUCACACAUAUUUUUUGCCAGGACAACUAGUUUUUUUUGUACCAUGUUAACACAACUUUUAAAAAUCACCAACUUUCGUUGGUUUAAUUGGUUUUCGGCGGUCUGUUGGUUAAUUUUAAUGUGGAAUUUUCAAAUCUCCCUUUGACCCUAGAAUCGCUGGUCUAAGAAUAGUUUGAUAAACGGAUAAAAACGUUUUCUGUGACUAAAGCUUUAUCCAUUUACUCUCUUGCCUUCAUGACAUUUUGAUAGUGUAAAGGGACAGUUUAAUCUUUGAAUACAUUCGGUCUUGCAUGAAAGAAGCACAUUUCUGUGACCAGGACUGGAUUUGAUUUAUUAAAAUAUCAUAAAUGUUGGUGAACUAUUCCCAUUUGUGAAGUAUGUGCUUUGGCUUUUGGAUCUGACGUUUUGGUGUGAUCCCCUUAUGAACAGUCUAAUAAAUUUUCAGUAGAAAUAUGUCGGGCCGAUCAUUAUGUUGUCAAGGGCUUGAAAUGAAUAAUCGUUGUGAAUUGUGGAUUUUCAAGUUACUGCUAAGUUGGCUAUUGCUACAACUAUCAUUAACAACCAACAGGACAGAGCGGUAAAAUCUCAAGAACAGAACAUAUCUCGGUGUUUACUGAUGUUCUUGAUAAAUGAAUUUGCCAGUGUUGAAUUUCAGUUUAGUAUGUAUUGUAAGGUAUGCAUUGUUUAAUCCACAGGGUAGAGUUAGUGUCUUUGGUUGAAAUCGUUGAGUCGAAACUGCAUUACUGAUUAAAUGUUUGAUAUAGGACCUAAAGUGAAAGUAUUGUUACAUGUAUUAUAUGUAUAUAUGGGUGUACAUGUACAUGUGAUUAUCUCUGUACAGUCUUGCAGGUGUUCUGGUGAAUUUAGUCCAUUUUAAGUACCGUAUCUCUAACCGCUUGACCUACUGACUUGCAUAUGUAUUUCACUUGCAAUUUUCUGCAUUUCUCUAGAGACCUGUUGAGUUGAAGAUUUGCAAUUAAAUCUGUCCUGGAGGUGUAGUAAGUGGUAAGUGGUGUGAUACAAAGAAGUGGAUUGAUAGCGUCGUAAACCCCCCGCCCCUGUGACAAUGGUCAAGUACUGCAACUGACGAGAAUUUCAAGUAAAUUUUCUAUACCAUUUAUAAGCGAAAAAUUCCAAUAAUUGACUUUGAUUUGGUGUCCUCAAAAUGUCAAUUGAUUGUAGAUAGUCCUUUUAGUAGGGCAUCUUCAAGAAGUUCACCGAGGUCAGAUUUGACUGAUUUACUUGCACAGAUGAAACACUUUCUGUAUGUGGUAUUUGCAAAGUGGGCUGUUGACAUUUAUAUGGGAUACUGUCCGUCCUUGCAACAGUCGCUGCUCAGCCCUUUGUGAAAUGUAAAGCCUCUUAUUUCACCUACGAAAAAUACUAAUGUUACAAUAGCCAAUUGACAAGGCUAGAAGGCGCAGUGAGUUGCAUUCUUUUUCAGGGCUCAUAUGGAGGUAUGUUUUUACACCCGAAAAACUAGCAAGAUGUAACCACGACUGGGAAAGCAAUCAUGCCUCGCAAAGUCCAUUCCAUCCUUAUGCUUCUUUUUGAGACGUGAUUUGCUGGAUGCGUGGCGUCAUUUACGUCAUCUGCUGUUGGCACCGUUGUUACGAAGUUCACACGGGCCUUGAAAAGGAACGUGACUCGCUGCGCCAUCUAUGAUUUAUCGAAAGUCCACAUCCUCGUUGCAGUUGUCAUUUGCAAGGUGGUUUAGGUGCAGAGCUUUGCACAUUGUAAUGAUGUGAAAUGUGUAUUUGUGUAUGUAAUUUUCACUUUUUUACCGAAGAUACAAAAUUCUUUGUUGGGAGCGUGUAGUGUUGAAUUUAAUGUAAUGGGUAUAAGCAUAGAUUUAGACUUAAUCUUUAUUUAGGCUGUCUGACCUUAAUUAUCUUGUUUAGGUAUGUUUUUUCUUGAGUAGUCUGCUUGGCUUUUAUGUGGCCACUUUGGUACAAUUUAUUGUGUGUGGUGUUUGACAAACUAAUUGCACUAUCUCGAGCUUUUUGAGUCUUAUCAAUAAUUCCUGUCUUUUAGUGCUGAGAAUGUCACUGAGAUCCCUCUAGACAUAUAAGAGGAGUAAAUUAUUCUUUAAAAUGCCUUUCUGGGAAUAUCUCUUCAAUAUUGUCCUCCUUUCAACUUAACUUCUUAAAGUGUUUGUGAUGCAUGGUAAAAGAACUCAGCCAGGCAUUGUUCAGGGCCAAGUUUUCAAAAUGUUUUAAAAUAUUUCUGCUUGCUCAACCUUCAGCUGUUGUUCCAACUUGUACUUCUUCUGCUAUACUUUCUUAUUUGCUCCUAGUUAGAACUCAACCAGAAAAGUGCUAAGGUGGCUGACUUUCAGUUUUAUACAUGUAGUACCCAAACAUAUCAUAUACAUGUACUUUUAUUUUAAGACACAUCCUUGUCUGCCUGAGAUUCCCCCACAUUUAGGACAUGUUUAAUGCCACUAACCAAAAUUAAGAGCAUUAAGAAAUAUUGUGGAUAAUAUUGUGAUGUAAAAUUUUUAAAAUUAAACCGGAUUUGAAAAUCAUGUGGAACUUGGUGAUAAUUUUGGAAAGGAUAAUAACCUGGAAGCUUUCAAGUGAAACAUGACAGUAGCCGAUUUUAUCGAAAUUUGAUGUCUAGAAAAUAAUGCCUUUUAUCAUGUAAGAACUAACUUCCUAAUAUUGUAACAUCAGUAGAUUAAAGUAGACUAGUACAACUCGGGCAACAAAUAAAUUAAAUUGUGUUAAUGAACA